AUGAAGUCGACGUUAACUAAAAGAGGUUGUCACUUCAAAUCCUCAGGUUAUAGGGUUGUCUUAAUCUUAAGCAGGUUAAGGCCGCAGUACACCUUUUCGCACACAAGGAAAUCGCAACCGCCCCUUUUAGGUAUGGUUGCCCUUGCCAUAGCUCUUCCACCCCCUAGUGUACACGAAAUAAGACUUGAAUCGGACAUGUUUGUGACUAGAAUAAACUUUGACUUUAAAAUAGCGCACUGCGAACCCCGGGUGCUGGAUCUCCUUGACUAUACACCCGAAGAACUGACUGGCAGAAAUCUGUAUUCUUUGUGCCAUGGAGAAGAUGCUAGUAAACUAAGAAAAUGUCACGUUGAUCUAAUCAAUAAAGGACAAGUGCUUACACACUAUUAUAGGAUAAUGAACAAAACUGGUGGAUACACCUGGAUACAAACGUGUGCCACUGUAGUAUGUAAUUCGAAAAACGCAGAAGAACAAAACAUUAUUUGUGUAAAUUAUGUGAUAAGUCGGCGAGAGUACGAGUCUGUCGUCAUGGACUGCUGCCAGCUGGACGACCAGAACCACGUGGUAAAGAGAGAGGAAGCGAGCAACAAUGAUCCAGAGAAUGGAUCACCAGACGCCGAACGUGGAGAACGACACGCCCACGACGCAAGAGCCGGAGACCUUCGUUCCCAUCGCCUAGACCUUGUGACGCAACUUCAAGCUACUCCGAUCGUCAAUGUCAACAAAGACCAUCGUAAGUCAUUUCCUGCUCGGCGGACAUCUAAGAGAAAAAACACUUCGUCCGAUGAAAAUGAAGAAGAAGAAGCUACACCAGCCCAUCGUAGUUCAGCGAUAAGUCCAGCUUCCUCUUGCCAUUCCACCAAUGGUACCCAUCCCUUAACAUCUGAUGUCACCGGCGAGACGAGUCCUAAGAAGCUGGAUGAUACCGUCAGUAGCGUUACGUCAGUGAAAGACCUCGAGAACGCCAUGUCAAAACAUCUCCCUGCCUGCAAGUCGCCAAUUAACCAACCAACAGAUUUUAGCACAGACGCUCUGCUGAAACAACAACAGAAGACCACUAUCCAGUGGAUUGGAGCUCAUCACCAGCAGCUACAGCAACAAGGCCCAUUACCUGCUUCAGCUCUCUUGAGGCAGCUCUACGCCAAUAGGGAAAGCGUGAUUCGUGCGAAUGUACAGGGCAGCAGCAGAUCUGGUAGCUCCCCCGGCUACUAUCCUAAUGACAAUCAAGUUGGUGUGGGUGCGUUACCUACAUCUCCUACCAGCGAAGGAUCCUCAUCAUAUAGUGACCACCAAUUCUUACUAUCACAACAUCAAAAUUAUCCCACUAGUUAUUAUAUGGACUAUCAUUCCAUGACUCCCCCUUCUAGUGUGUCUCCCCGUGACAAACAGCAAUUACACGGUGGUGUAGCAUUUGACUCGACAGUACCCUAUCAAGAUGUUUUAAGGCAUCAAUAUCCAGAUAGUCCCCUACCUUUAAAACCGCAAGUGUAUUCGUAUGUAGAUCAACCACAAUUUUAUCACCACGGGUCAACGGGGACGGGGUUUCAUUUGUAUCAUUCUAGUAAAAACACCCCGAGUACUCCUUCAAACUGGUAUCCACCAUCAUAG